GGGCUUGCUGGGCGAAGGAGGGACAGCGAUUGGGGACCCUCUAGGCUACAGUGCGAACGCCGGGCAUCUCAGGCCGUCAAGGUUGGAGGCACAGGGGGCCGCAGCUGGUGACGGCAGCGGCAGCGGGCAGCCCACGUCAGAGCAACUGUAGCCUUGCCGCAGUACCUCUCUCUAGCUCCAGGCGCUGAGCUCACAUUGCUGAUUGCCUCUACCUCGAAGUAGCAACAACAUCAUCAACGAAAUCCGAGCUUCAUCGAGCCAACUGUUUCUACUUUGCCCCGAACGAAUUUACCACACAGUCACACGCGCUUCCCACAGCCGACACCAGCGCGCGCAUCAACCAUGCCGAUAUCACCCAUCAUCACCUUCAAGGCGGGCAUUUGCGACGUCGAUCAAUCGUCGAAGCCGUACAAGGUCACGCCCCAAGCCAGGCCUGGCUACAUCUACCUCUACUCGGACGAUGACUUCAUCCAUUUCUGCUGGCGCCCGAGAGAUGCCCCUGCGGACGAGCCCGAGCUUGACCUCGUCAUGAUCCCCGAGGACGGGCACUUCCUUCCCUACGAUACCAAGUCUCCUGCCCAGGCCUCCGCCAAGACCAACGGCCGUAUCUUCUCGCUCAAGUUCUCUUCCUCAUCACAGCGCCAUAUCUUCUGGCUGCAAUCGAAGCCUCAGGGUCCUAACGGCGACCCGUCUUUCCUGAGCCCAAGAGAUCUGAAGAUUGGCGAGAUUGUGGACAAGCUCCUGCAGGGCUACGAGGUGGAUGUGAACAGGGAGCUUGCUUCACUCAGCAGCAGCGGUGGUAGCAACCGCCGAGACGAUGGUGACGACGAGACAAUGGAAGACGUUGAGGGCCACGGAGACCCCAAUGCCCACCACGAGGGCGGUACUGGCGGCGCUGGUCCCGAUGCCACUGGCGGUGAUGUCCGGAGGGAGGGCGAGGACGCCAGAGAAGGAGGAGCAGAUGGAGCAAGAGCGGCAAGUGCUACAAAUGCCGAGGCGGAUGCGGCUGCCGUUGUACGGAACUUCCUCGAUUCCCUGAAAGGCACCCAAGGGCUUGCCGGAGGUCAAGCCCAAGCCCAAGCCCAGGGCAAAUCCUACCCUUUACUCAACGAUCUUCUGGAACCCUCAGUCACGAUUCCGAUGCUCGAUUCCGCCACCGACGAAUAUGUCGACAACCUCUUGAACUACCUACCCUCGACCGUCAUUGUUAUGUCUCAGCAAGGUGCCAGCGGUGCUGAUGCCAUCGAGAUUGAGCCUAGUGCCGCGUCUGUUGAGGCCGCUCGGCAGACUAUGAGCCAGGAUCAGAAGCGCGCGCUCCUGAAGAAGGUUCUUCGGAGCCCCCAGUUUACCCAAAGCCUUGCCAGCCUGACAAUUGCUCUUCGGGAUGGAGGGCUCCCCAACAUUUCGACCGCGUUGGGCGUCCAAGUGGAAAAUGGGGGCAUGGUUAGAGGCGGAACGGUGCCUCUGGGUGGUGGAGAUGCUGUCGAGGCCUUUGUGGAAGGAGUGAAAAAGACAGUUCAGAAGAAGAAGUGAAAGAUUUCGGGAUCGGGGGAAGAAGCAUUAGGAGGUUGAGAUUCGUAUUGGGAAUCAGUUAGGUCUGGGAAACUGUACGAAGGCUUGCGUCCGGAGCUUGAAUAUUAGGACAACUCAGCUGUACCAGAUCUUGAUCGCACUAUCAAGGACUUGCAUAUCCAAAUCUCAAAAAGUUCAAAAUUCACCUAGACGUAAAGGAGCAGUCAGUCACCUACCGUGGUAGCCAGCAGCACCCUUUAUCCCGUUUAUAUCAAUCCCUUUGUUGCGUGUAAUG